CUCUGCCUCCUCAGCCAGCCCCUCUGGACCCACCCUGGCCUUCAGCCUCAAGACCCAGGUCACACACAUCACCCCCAGCGGUGGUGUUGGUGGAGUCUAAAGCCAACCUGCUGCAGGUGGAGAAGAGUCAGGACAGUCAGGAGAGCCUCUUUCAACAGUUCUCCUUUAGGACCAACCCCAGCUCAGACAACAACACCAGUCUCUCUACAGAUAGGUUGAAUGGUGGAACUGACUGUGGUGAGUGGGAGGACAGUGACCUUCACUGUGAUCCUGCUGAUGAGUGUGGUGUGACUGAGUUCUUCAGUCCUGUCAGGAGUCUGGCGGCUGGACAGACACAAACCAUAGAGCUCCACUUCCUGCCCUUCCACCUGGGGAAAAGACACUGCUCCGUCCUGCUAGUCAGCCAGCAGGUUGGUGAGCAGGUGUAUCUAGUGGAGGGGACAGCAGAUCUUCCCCUGCCCUCCCCUCUGACCACAAAGCCCAGUCCUAAUGUAGUCCAUGUUAGCAGCGCCACCUCUGAUGGUGCUGAUCCCAGGUCUGCGGUGAACCUGCGUUGCGGCGUGGGCAGCACCCUGGAUGAGGUGGUGUGUGUCCCCCUGGUUAACGGGCUGUGGGAGCGGGCGCUGGCCACCGUGGGGCAGCAGAGGAUGAGCCCUGUGGAGAAGAAGAGGCGAAGCCUCACACACACUCUGAACAGCAGCACCGUCCGGGCCGGGGUGGCGGCCGCUGCCCUCACCUCCUCACAGUCCCUCCUGGUCUAUGGUCCAGUCCAGUCCCAGGUGGUAGAGUACAGUGUGGAGGUUUCUCUACCGGAACACUUCCUCCUGCCUCAUACCAUCACUCUGCCUGUGGCCAGGGACGCACAGGUCACACAGGACAACCUCACAGACUCUGAGGUGGUGAUGGUGCCACUGAGGUUCCAUGCCCACGUGGCCGGUCGGUUCCGGUGCCAGCUGGUUCUGCAGUCGUGGCGUGACAUCAGAGUCCACCUGCUGGAAGCCGUGGUUACCGCAGAGGGAGACCACGCCCAGCUAGAGUUCACCACGCCCGCUCACCUGUCUGUCACUCAGGACAUCCCUCUGAUCAAUGAGAGCAGACAGGACUGGCGUCUGCGAGGCUUGGUUAGUGGCUGUGGCUUCUACGGCCUUCCUGUGGUAUACAUACGGGCCGGGGAGAAGGGCAGGCUGUCCUUGCUGAAUGACACAGAUUGGACAGAGCACAGCUUCACCCUGAGAGGGGUGGGGGAGCGCGCCCUACCCCUGGACCACGUGGUGCUACACUGCUCUGUCAGACAGGUCACACACAGCACCCUGCAGGUCCCCAACUACAGCCAGCACCCCCUCACCUGUCAGGUGGUAUCAGACCUCUCCAUCGUCAGUGGACCGCCCACCUUGGACAUCAAACCAGGUCACACCGUCCCCUACACCGUGUCUGUGUCACCAUGGAAACGAGGGAAACAUACAGGGUCCGUGUCGUUCCUAGCCGUGGAGAGUGAGACAGGAACAGGGAAUCAGUCCAGGCAAUAUGAGGUGUGGUUCUCUAUAGAGGUCAUAUUUGAAACUGCUCCUCCCCUGAAGGUGCUGGCUGUGCACUGUGCUGUUCAGAGCUCUGUUUCCGUGGAGAUCCCCCUUAGUAACCUGGAGGUGGAGCCGCUUGAGCUGUGGGUGUGUCUGGAGGGAGAGGACCUGAGUGGAGACACCCGGGUGUGUGUCCCUCCCCAGAGCCGUCUCAACUACACAGUCACCUUCUCUCCUGUUAUAGUAGGGAAGAGACAGACAGGUAAGAGACAGACACCUUCUCUCCUGUUAUAGUAGGGAAGAGACAGACAGGUAAGAGACAGACAGACACAUUCUCUCCUGUUAUAGUAGGGAAGAGACAGACAGGUAAGAG